CUCUGGCUGCUCUCCAAUUGCGAUACGCUCACCAUGACAAGUGCCUUGGUUUACGACCGCGGUCUCACCCGCGCAGACUAUAUUGUGCUGAAAAAUCUGGAAAACGACAUUGCUCAGAGACGGGAUGCCCAGCCAGAUACUAAAAUCGACAGCGACUGGCACCAUGUCUCACCCGGGUCUCAGACCGAGUCACAGCAGGGAGAGGAGACGGACUCAGCUGCAAAAGACAUUGGCCUCCUCAAGUCCAUGAGAAAUCCUGGAGAUGCUCACUUUGAGCCUACCAUAUUCGUAUCCAUCGAUGACCUCCCUGGCCGUCUCCCCAAAUCAGUCAACAAGCUGGUUCUACAGCCGUUUAUCAGCUGGGCACGGAAAACAGCCCGUUUUGAGACAGACGUGGUGUUCAUCGUUCAUCUGAUACUGUACUUCACGACCUCAGUACCAAGCGCAAUUCUGCUGUUUCGAAACUUCAACCUCAUCCACGGAAUUAUUCAUGCCAUCAUGCAAGUCUACUAUGUUGGCACCUACACUCUUAUGAUGCACCAGCACAUCCACCAGCGUGGAAUUCUGGCCAAGAAGUACUCCACAUUCGACAAGUUGUUCCCAUACAUUACGGACCCGUUGAUGGGACAUACCUGGAACUCAUACUACUACCACCAUGUCAAGCAUCACCACAUCGAGGGCAACGGUCCGGAUGACUUAUCCUCCACAAUUCGCUAUCAGCGAGACGACAUCUUCCACUUUCUUCACUACGUUGGACGGUUCUUUUGCCUCGUUUGGCUGGACCUUCCCAUGUACUUUGCCCGAAAGAGCCGCUGGGGACUGGCUGUGCGUGCGGCAGGGUGUGAAUUCGGAACUUAUUUCUUCUAUUAUACCAUGGCAACCUUUGUGAACAAGAAGGCCACCAUUUUCGUGUACAUCAUCCCCUUCUUGUUGCUACGACUGGGAUUGAUGGCGGGCAAUUGGGGCCAGCAUGCUUUUGUUGACCCCGAUGAGCCGGAUUCCGACUAUCGAUCCAGCAUCACCUUGGUGGACGUUGCAAGCAACCGAUUCUGCUUCAACGAUGGCUAUCACACUUCUCACCACCUCAACCCACGCAGACAUUGGCGUGAUCACCCAAUCCAUUUCCUGGAGCAGCGAAAGACGUACGGCAAAGAAGCCGCAAUCUUGUUUCACAACAUUGACUUUCUCAUGAUCACCUACCGCUUGAUGGUCAAGGAUUAUGAGCACCUUGCCAAGUGUAUGGUUCCUCUUGGAGCCCAGGCCGAUCUCACCAUGGAGGGGCGAGUCGAGUUCUUGAAGCGUUUAACGCGCAAAUUUUCCGAAGAAGAUAUCCGGAAGAAGUUUAAGAAGCAGGCGUAGAAUUUGAUGCCCGUUAUAACGGUGACGGCAGAGUCUAGUUCAAUCUUCAUUGCCGUGGCUACCCCUGAUUUUCUAACUCCUAGUGGCAUAAUGGCUGCCUAAUGGAGGAAAUCCGGCAAUGAAGACUACAUAUUGAACAUGGAGGGAGUUCUUCACAGAGCUGGUAUAUCUGGUUUCGGUAUUAUGGUUGACGCAUUUGGGUCGCUCGUCGCACGUAAUUGCAGAUGGGGAUGGCGUUUUGGAAUAAGGGCGGGAGGAAAACAGACGUUGGGUCGAAUCAACGCAUAGAAUUCUCAUGGCUAGAAGAAUUAUGGGAAUAGGAUCAGAAAUUAGAAAUGCAUGAAUGCCGCAU